AUGUCGGAGCUCUACCCGAUCCCACUCGGCAUCGCCGCGUACCUGGGCUACUCUGGAUACCGCAAAGGAUCCCUCUCGCUCGAUGGUGCAAUCACUGCGUCGGUCGUCGGAUACGCCUCCAUGGCCAACCCGUACAUCGGCUACGGCUUGACGCUCAUCACGUUCUACCUCACCGGAUCGAAAGCGACCAAGUUCAAGGCGCAGAUCAAGGAGGGGCUUGAGACACACUCUACCGAGCCUGCGGCACGGGCGGCGAAGGAAGUGAAGGAGUCGGGGAAGAAGAGGGAUACGUCGUCUGGCAACCGGAAUGGCGUUCAGGUGCUGUGUAACAGCUUGACCGCGGUUGUCGCGUGCAUCGCAUUCCGCGUGCUCAACCGUGGAGCGCUCGCUGUGGAUCCGCUGUCGACCUCGACGCUGACCAGCUUGAGCUUGGCAGGGAGGCAGGUGAGGAUCACCAACCUAGCGCUGACGCUCGUCGUCGCCGGACACUACGCAGCGUGUAUGGGCGAUACGCUGGCCUCGGAGCUCGGCAUCCUCUCCUCGUCCACCCCGCGUCUGGUCACCAAUCCGCUGCGUAAAGUACCGCGUGGCACCAACGGCGGCGUCUCGGCGCUCGGCCUGCUCGUCUCGGCACUCGGCGGAUCGCUCAUCGCCCUCACCCAGUCCCUCUCGCUGCUCAUUCACUACCGCUCUUCAACCCACGUCGCAUGGGAUGUACACGUCAAGCUCGGCGCCCUGAUUACAGCAGCCGGCCUCGCGGGCUCGCUCAUCGACAGCCUCCUCGGCGCCACCCUCCAGCAGACGCUCUACAACCCAUCCACGCGCAAAGUGCUCGUCGGCCCCAUCACCGACGUGCUCGACGGCAACAAGCACGACGACCCAACCGCUUCCUGGCAGCUCAUCACGGGUCUCAAUGUACUCAGCAACAACGCGGUCAACUUGAUCUCGUCUGCCUCCACCGCGCUGCUCACCGCCUGGGCCGGCUCAACACUAUUCUAA